AUUCUUUACUGAUUUAUUAAUAACAAAAAUUUAACUAAAAUAAUUUUAUACAUUAAAAAAUCUUCAACAACGUAGAAAACAAUCUAAUAUACUAAUAUACUGAUAUUAUACAAACUUUUUUUUAACAUAAGGUAAAGUCGAUAAGUUUUUGUCACGCGACAACGCUUAUUUCCACCCUUCAAUUUAUGAAUGGAGAUGUGGUCUACAUGUGUGUGUAUGUAGGGGAUAUCUUCAAUAAUUUUCCUUAACAACGACACAAUAACGUGUCAACAAGAGUUUAGAAUGACUAUAAUACAUUUUACCAAAACGUAAGAAAGACGUCGCUUAUUUUACAGCCACUAUGGUAUACAUGAAUGAAGUAACAAAUCUGAUGGAUCGGAUGAUGAAAGUGAAUAUUUUUCAUCCAUUAGAGAAGCUUCGGAUGUUGAGAGAUGAGGAAAAGACAUUUCUUGAUCCGAAUUUUAUAAUGAAUGCAAGGCAUCGUAUAUCGCGAGAGAACUUGUCUGCUUCGCCCGUGAAUAGCCCCGUUUUGACAGAAGCUAGAAAAUUAUUGAUGCAAGAAGAGACGAAACAAUUAUACAUGAAGAAACAGCAACGAUUUUUGGAAAGGGAAUUGAAAAAAUUUGAAAUGGAAAUAAGCAAAUCUCGACCCAAAUUCUCGAAAUCCUACACGUGUACGAAGAGAAAUUUUAUAUCCUCGGAUGAUGAUGAUUUUUGGAGGAUAUCUAGGAAAUUAAGAAACAAGAUAACAGUUGAAGAAAAACAGAAUCAGAUCAAUCGUAAUCAUAAUGAAAGUAUAGAUACUGUUUAUAAGAAAAAUACGAUAACAGAAGCCGACGAUUCUUUGUUGAAACUGGAGAAUGAAAAAACAAAGUGUGAAAUAUCAUCUAUUGGAAACAUAAAAGUAACGAUUAAAGAUAAAACUAACUUUGAAAUAGAAACGCAACGCUUACAUCUUUUAAGGAAAUACUUUGAUAUUUUAAAACGACAUGCGACGGAAAGACAACGCUUGCGCGAGAUUAAAAUGCAGAUUCAACAAAAUAUGAUAAGGAAGAUAAUGAGAAAGUAUUUCGAUAUUUGGAAAACCCGUAUGAGAGAUGCGAAAAAUAAUGUUCAGAAGCAGACAGAAGGAAAAGAGAUUUCCGAAGAACGAAAAAUUGAAAUGUUUAUAAAUACAAUUGUAGAUUGUCAGAAAGAGCUAACGAAAAGAAGUCAAAAACCAAGAACUAGGAAUGAUAUUUUAAUGGCGGAAGAAUCUAAUAAAGUACAUAUGAAGAAAAAAACGAAUUACUGCAAACGUAUUAUUGUCGAGCCACCGGCACAAUGUCGAUUAAAUGCUCAGAAACAGAUAAUAGAAAACCAAAAAGCUAAACUAGCCGAACAGAGCAAAAUAAUCGAGGAAUUGAAACUGAAACAGAUGCAAAAAGAAAUAUCAUGGGCAAAUAGGGAAACAAUGGACAUAGCAAAGAAAACUCUCACUAAUUGUGGACGAAGUACGAGGAGAACAUUGAUUCAGUUAAUGCAACAAAAUGGUUACAGAUUUAUAAUAGAUUAUGUACAUCUUCCUGAAAGAGACGAAAAUUCAACGAUACCACGACAUCCACCGGAUCCACCAAAAUUUCUAUUAAGAAUGGAAGCGCGAGCAGAGGCUAGACGAAAACGAGUAAAAUUGGCUGAAGAAAUACGUAAACAGAAACUCGAAGAACAAAAAAGUAAAGAAGAAGCUGCUAGAAUAGAAGAGGAACAGAAGAAGAAAAGAUUACAACAAGAGGUCAAAGCUUUAGCUGAAGUAAGAAGAUUACGAAAAGAGCAAGAACAAAAUCGACAACGUGAAGUAGAAAAAUUUCGAAGGUUAAACAAUGUAGCAGAUGAAUUCUAUCGAAAAUAUCUUCUACGACAUUAUAUAAUGAAACCAUUCGUAAUAUUUAUCGAAGAAGUACAGAUUAACACUAAAAAAGCAGAGGAUCAUUAUAGAGAAAAAUUGACAAAGAAAAUUUUUACAAUAUGGAAGAAAGAAGUAGACAUUCAAUACAAAAUGAAAACUGAAGUUGUUGAAUUAGUUUAUAAUACGAAUUUAACGACUAGAAUAUUUAAAGAAUGGAAACAGGAAGUUAAGGAAUUAAAUUCGAAACGUCAGGUUGCAAUAGAUUUCCAUGACAUGAAACUCUUAGAUAAAUAUUUUAAAUUGUGGCAAGUAACAAUACUCGAAUUUAAAGCAAGAUUUGAAGAAAAAAGAAAGUUAGUUACCAAAAUUUAUGAAAAUACAUUAAAAGUCAAGUAUUUUGGUAUUUGGAAAAAAUAUCUCACGAUUGCUGUAAAUAUUAAAGAAAGUGAAAAAAGAAAAAACGAAUUGCGACAGUUAGUGCAGGAAGUGAUUCCUGACUUUGAUCCUAAACAGAGAGGUGUAGCAUUGGAGGAUUAAAAUCAAUCUAUAACACAUUGCAUCACUAUGGUAUGUUUAAGUUUAUAUAACACGAUGACUGUUAUUCACUUUACAUUAUGUUGUAUAGAAAAGAUGUAAACAUUUAUCAUACUUAAUUUAUGUAUAUUCAAAUCUUACAUGUAUUAUACAUAACUGAUUAAUAUAAUUUAUUAUUUUAAUUAGUACAAUGGCCACUUUAUCACAGUUAUAAUGAAUAUACAAAUGAUGUACGCAAUAAUAGAGUAAAUAAUUAAAUCUAUAAUCAAGAUCAGGAUUUUUACGUCACGAUAUGUCUUUAUUAAGUUCAAUACUAUGAGAAAUAGCUUAAGAUUAAGUACCUUGUUAUUAUAAAAACAGGAUAAAGAUGAACAUUAAAGUAUAUUAAAGUGCAUUGUGAAAUAAAUAUUAAAAAAAUGUAUGUUUUGCUUUCACAUACCGCUGUGCCUGUUGUUUUGGCCUUAAUUGUUUUAAAUUUUCUAAUAUUCUUUGCAAAGUAUCAUCUCCCAUACAAAGUAAAUUUAAUAAUUUAGUCUAUAUUUACUAUCUAAGUUUUGCAACAAAAUAAUCUAGAUACAUUUUUUAACAUUCCAUGGUCAUAUGGACUUCCAGCUUCCAGAAGACGUCGCUCAUUUGAUGUUGUACCAAGGUAAAUUAACCAAAGAUGAUAUAUUAAAUAACAAACUAUUACUAGCCCAACAAGCAAACUGUAGAGUGCCGAGACGAAGCAAAGGGCAAUGUCUAAUUGAUGAUACACGUCGCUGCAAUCAUCUGGUAAAAGAACAGUACCAAUGAGUAUAAAUGGAUGACAUACACUAGUUAUGGUUAAAUUGGAACCAUAGAUAAAAGCUAUGGCUGAGAAGAAUAAACAUCCCAAAUACCAUCUUAAAUUGCUAGAACCUAUACAAAAGAGUUACCAUUUACAAUGAUAUUCUCUAUUAAGAAUGCAUGUCUGACACAUUCGACAAUGAUGAGCUUUAGGUGGUGCUCUUCUCCUACACGUAAUACAAAGUUCUCCACUUCCUUCGCCAAGCUCUAAACCUUGAGUUAAAGUACCUUCUUGAGUUACAGAAUCUGCAUUUGAUCUAGUCAUAUAGCCGCACCAUAUACCACCCACGACACACAUUAUGAACACUACAUUCUCUUCUAACAAAAUCUCUAGCAGUGGUACGACACUCACUUCAAAGAUUAACAUCAACAUGACCACACUCGUAAUCGUCCACAUUAAAAAAAAUUUGGUACGUAGUAGAAAUCUCAGAAAAUUGUGAUGCAAGUAGUAGACCAAUAUUGGUGUUGCAACAAAUAUGAUUACAGUACAUAGCACUGUUUGCGCGGCUAUAACUGCCAAUGUUGGAACCGCAAAUAUCGGUAUCAUUGCGUCGACUGAAAUUUGCUUAGCACCAGCUCUCCAACCACAAGGAUUUCGUAGCCUCUCCCACAUAGUCAUCUUUUAUCUACAGUUAUACACCAAAGCAGCAAGUUUACACUUGCAUGAAGAAUUUAAUGAAAGGAUACCAAAAUAAAGGUUAGAAAUGUUUCAUGAAACGUUGGCUCUCGACUAAUGUAAAAUUUCAGUCUAACGAUUGUUGAAAAUAUCGCGCGUAAGCACAGGUGGCAGCACCUUUUAAAAUAAUAGAUAUAAUCGAAUUAGUAGUUGCAAAAAUUUUCAGUUCUUUAGAUCACCGUUCGGAUGAAAUUUUCUUUUAACAAAGUACCAAUAGUUUUGAUACGAAUCAAUAUCUUGACCAAAAUUCUCUGAUCAAAUAAAUGGUUAAUCAUUUUAUUUAAGAAUAAGAUCAAUUGAUGAGGUAAUAUAUUUUCUAAAUUGUAGAUUUAUUUGUAAAUUGUAUUUUUUUUUCUCUAUCGUUACUUUUGAAAGGAAUACUACGAGAAACGAUACUUCUGACAGUAUUUUGAAAAUGGCGGAAAAAUGGCAAAGAGGACAAGGAUAAUAGUGUUCGUUUCCAGUGCCCAAUAGUGAUUGCAUGUGGUGUGUACUACUCGAGAGAACAAUAGUGUCAAUGUUGUAUUUCAACAAUUCAAAACUGUGACUGGUUGUUCAAAAAUUUUUUCACGGUUCCCGUUCAUUCAACUCAGGUGAUCGAGCUGCGUGCUCUAGCAGUGAUCCUCGAAAACUAGCCGAGGACACUUUCUAUCCAUGGUUCAGCUUCGACGAGCUUUUGAGUUAUGAGGAAGAUGUCCGGUUGAGGACCGAAGACAGGGAGGAAGACGACGAAAAGGAGUUCGAAGAACGUCUAGUAAUGUCUUCGGCUUCGACUAACAGACUGCAAAUUUUGUGGGAUCAUUUCAUUCAUGCAGAACCGCAGAGCUACGAGUUCGGUCGGCGGUGGUGGCGUAUCUACCCUUAUAGCUUGCGAGCUGCUCUCCGACGUGCAUGAACUUUGCGCGAAGAGGAUCGAUGGCGACGAACUAGUUCGACUGAGGAAGUAUUUGGCUCAGGAGCGUGGCUGGCGUUGUUUGGCUGUCCUACAGUUACUUGGUGUCCGUGGGCUUUCUUGUGGAAGAGAACUAGUAGCUCUGCUUAUCGCUCUAUAUCCAGUUGUCCUUCAAGAGGAGACGAGUAAUAAAGCUUGUGUAAAUUCUGCUUCACUGCUGCACAACGGGUCCACGUAUACUUCGUCGGCUGGUACCGCGCGUAAUCCUUAUGUGAAAUUCCACUGCAACGAUGAUACCGUCGACACGGUAAAUAUCGUGCCGCAUGUGAAACGCAGGACGACAAAGUCUAAUCGAAACGGCGCUUUUUACGAGGGCAAUGUACCGGCGAGAAGGAGGGCAGGUCGUCGAUAUAGUAUCGGUACUAAGGUACCGGUCCAUCAGAAGCAAAAGUCAUCUGGAACGUUCGAAGCGCGUCGCAACACGCCGGAAAGCGCGAGCAGCGAGUCUGAAUUACUGACGGAUGGUAUUGAUCAGGCACGAUCGCUCACGCUCAAGAUCCGCCUGAAUCCUAUGGACUUCGAAUAUUUCACCUCAGUCGUGAGAAGCGACGAGGAGCAAAGAUGGCAGGCAGCGCUUUACGAACUUCCUGUCCGAUCGGUGAAGAAAACACCGAACGAUUACACAGACGAGCGGAUCAAGGAUGUCCUAGAUGCUAGGAUCAGUAAUUUCGAGACGAGCCUUUUGAUUAUUCAAUUGCUUCAGGGGCUGCGUGAUUACGGUACUCCAGCGGAACAAACACCGGCUGUACAAGUUCUGAAAUUUGCUUUGGAUACGUUAUGGUCCCUGCAAUUUGGUAUAGACGGUGCCAACUUGACUGGCACUGAAUCCGCUACGUUGAAGGCUGCGGCCGCUAGGCUUAUGCUCACGGCACUGGAACGCGUAUUACGAUCAAAUGAACCAACUACCGCCGUCAUUCAUAAUGGUUUGUUGCCUAUGACCCUGAGAUUACUCGAAGAUGCUUGCAGUAAACCUGUAAAUGUUUUCUCGCCGGAGGAGGGUUCCCUCCUCCAAGAGUUCAUCUUCGCCACUAUUUACGGAGUGAUAACAUUUCUUUACUGUCUGCUGCAUCAACAAGGUAGCAAGAUAGAAAAGUUAUCAGAUUUUCUAGAACUGUUUCAACUGUUCACGGAAAGUCAGGACGGGAAGUUAGUGGAGAGAACGAUUUUUGCGAUUGUUGAUCUACCAAGCAUUGAUCCAGCGAGGUCAAUAAUCCGCGCCAGAAAGGUCAUUGAUAUGAUAGGUGCGCUAACGAGUGGCUUGAAAUCUGUUCGCCGUGAUAUUUCGCAUGUAUCUCAUUGCAACAAAACAAAGCACAAAUCCUGUGUCAAUAACGUUCAAAUCCAGCAUCAUUCGGAUGUAUUUGGAGCGCCUUAUGCUCAGCCAAUUGUUGGCGCCGUUAUGAAACAAGCAUGUUGCAUUUCGUCGCUUUUUAUGAUACUCACUAAUCUCCUCAAGUAUUCUCAUCCAUUUGUCAGCGAACUGCAAAUCAGAUUGAUCAAAGUUUUUACUGCGGCAGGAACGUGUUGCUGUUUCCCACCCAGAAUACUCAUGUCCAGCAUCGCGACUCUUUUGAAAAAACGCGAUCCGACGAUUUAUAUCCCAGCCGUGGCAUUCUUAGAGCGUAUCUUUUACAAAGAGCUCGGUGCUUAUUCGGAGUCAGAAGUGUGCACCACGUGCGACAGGCCUACCACAUAUUCAUGGGAUUUCCUGGAAAUGUACGCGGACUUAUUGUCGCCGAGUGAUUCGAAAUUAUGCUACAUCAUAAUGGCCCAUUUACUGAAAAUCGGGCCGUGCUCGAAACUCCACAUUAGACGGGAAUUGAUUCUAAAAGUCUUUUAUCCGACCUUUUUGAAAGCUAAAACCUAUUACGCAGCUGACAAAGGGAACACGGUCGCGAAAUUUCUCAUUCAGUCUUGCCUCUCUGCAAUGUCCUGCUUGAUCAUGAAUGCGCAGAUAUGCGAAGAAUUUAUUGGGAUCAAUGGAUUGGAAGAAACAUUGAUCUUGUUAUCAGAUACGAUUUUCACGAGAAAUGUUUACGCUCUCCUAGAAGUCACUGUCAUCGUCGAGAUCUGGAAGACCAGUUUCAUGGAUUCUCCAGAUACGGAGAAACCGGCGCUCAAAUCUUUGUUCGAUUUCCUCGACAAAGAAACGACUGAAUUGUUGGAUAUUCUGAGGAAUUCAACACAUACUUUUGUCGAUGAAAAAUACGUAGACCAAGCAGCGAGCCAAAUUCCUGACGAAUUGAACGGUCAGAAUGUUGAAGGAACGGAUAUUAUUGUGGGAAACGAUACUCUGCAAGAACAGAAUGAAACGGAAGAAUUGAUCAAGGAAAUAUCUGAUAAUUCUGAGGUUAAUGCAUCGUGCUCGGACGUUCAUAACGAAACAGACACGAGUAGAAAAGUAAAUCUAUAUCAAGCUAGUGCCGCGUGGAGAGCCGCAGCUGGAGUAGCGCUUUGCAGCCCUAAAUUUCGAGCUCAAUUAUCGUUGCAUCCCGUGUCACAAAAAUCUUUACAGCUUUUUGUAACGCUGGCUACAUAUAUUUCUUUGGACAAUAUUACAGGUGAUUGCGAUAUAAUUAUGGAAUUGGGAAGAGCGCUGAUACACGCAGGAAUCAAAUUGGGUCGUGGAUUGGCCGUCAUCGUGGAAGCUUUAUUGAAAGUCUCUAUGUUAAAGCCAGCUCAAGAAGAAACCAUGCCACAAUGCACUCGCCCCAGGUUACCAUCUAUGACAGUCGACACAAUGCCGGAUUGUGUCGCUGAUGACAGCAGCACGGGCGAAUAUGUAACAGCCGAUGAUGGUUAUGAGGCAGAUGUGGAAGUACCGAUGCAAAAUCCUCAUAACAAUACCGUGAAAAGAAGUAAUUCCUUCGGACCAAUAGUUGAGCCCAGGGGCCAUGCGAAUGCACAUCCCGCAUUAUGCUUGUUGGCAGUUGAUUUAUUAAUUCAUUUCAGUGAACAAGGGUUGGAUGCAGAGAAAACAUGUAUUAUAACUGCUGGUCUAAGAAAAGUUGCAGUUACAUGCAGAGAAAGUGCCUCGAGUUGCGCCGCACUUGCAAGUUCAGGUGUAAUUACAAAAAUGUUAAAUGGUUUCAACGAUAUACUUACUACCAGAAAUACCCAGUAUCAAGAUUUGCAACACGCUGUGCUGGAAGUAUUUACUUUGCUAGCGACACAAUCGAUUUCACCAUCAGAAUUAGUCAUAUACUUGUCUCUAUUCAAAGUUGAUGAACCUUCCUUGCAGCUGUUGUUGGAACCACUUUUUCAUCUAGUUCUAGCAGCUCGUCCACAACCAAACUUUAUCAUAUCUUUUCCUGUACUUUCUGAUGCAAAAUUAAUAUCAAAAACCCAAUCGGAAGAAUACAAAAACGUGGAAAAGAUUGAAAAUCUUGUAAAUAAUUUUCAAAAAAAACAUUUUGCAUCAAACAUAUGCAGUCCAUGGUCUGUACACGCGGUAUGUUUACCAAUUGGUCCAGAACUGGCUUGGCCGGUUUGGUUGCAUGGUUGUUCCGCUUCUAUGUGGUUGAGAGUUGAAAGAGGAUUAUCUGUUAAUGGCAAAGGAACAGUGAUUAAUACCUCACCAUUACUUGAUUCAGAUAAUGAAAGUUUAUCUGAUUGGGGUAUUCUGUCUGAUAAUUGGAGUCGUGAAGACCAAUCGAUGUCUGAUCUUUUCUUGGGUACAUCAGUCGUAACAGGUUCAUCAUUUCCACCCACGCCAGCAUCAAUUAUUCAUUUGAUGUCUAUCGGAUUUGAGUCUCUGGUGCUUGAAACAUGGUUGGAUUUUAAAUCAGAUAAAUUAAUUUUACGAUUAACUAGGCCAGACGACAAAGCAAAUCGAACAAUCUCGGAAACAUCUCUAACUGGUAUGCUUCCUUCCGGUCGAUGGCAUCAUUUAGCACUGAAUUUCAAAGACACAGUGUUAAAUAAACGUAGUGCGGUAAUCGAAGUUGUGAUUUGGAUAGAUGGUUGGAGAGAAAUCAAUGCGCAGUUACCAUUUGAUGGAUUGCUAAUGAGAAAACCUAGCACUACGUGCGUUUUAUUAGGGCAAAUUGGAUCUAAUGCUAUCGGUGCUUGGUAUCUUGGAAACUUAAUGGUAUUCAGAUGCCCAGUAUUCACGAAAGAGAGAGCAUUAUAUCUAGCAAGUCUUGGACCUAAUUAUACUAAUCUUGCUGAAUGUAUUUUAAACACAGAAAAGCCAGAUUUUACGCAAUUAAUUAUAUCUGGUGCCUUAGAUGGUGUACGAGAAAUACGAUUUGAAGGAGGAAAAUUUGAUACAAGUCGAAGGAAAUCAUAUGGCGGGACGUAUUUGCGACACGCUAUUGAAACUAAAGUAUCUGAAACUAAAAUUGAUUGGGAUGUAAUUAUGGAUGCUACAAAUUCGCAUUUGGGUGAACUACAAGAUAAUCUACUUCUUAAUUACGAAGCUCAAAAUCCUAAUAUUGUUCAUUUAUAUCCUCAAGCUAUUGCAAAUUCAGCUGCUGUAGUCAGAAAUCUAUUUCCGGGCCAACCAGGCUUUAGGGUUGUUUCUGCACCAGAACAUAGAGUUUCACAGCAACCACCCUUAUCUAUGGCUCCGAUACUUUCGGCUCGGUUAGAAUGCCAACAGUACAGAGGAAUUGUACCUGCUGCCAUUUUAGUUGGUGGGGUACCUAUAUUUUUAUAUUUGUUUGCAAGAGUAGUGGAAUUAAACUCUAAUGAGGAAGAGCAAGCAUUAGCUCUUUCAAUAGUUUUACACUUAAUACGGAAUGAUUCUGAUCUUCUAAAUCAGUACCGAUCAGAAGGUGGAACAUCAUUAAUCCUACGCAUUUUAGAAUCGUCUCGAUGCCACACAGUGGCAAUCAUUUGGUCUCACAAAAUUGCGAAGCUGUUAUUACGGAUCCUGAAUUAAUCAAAGGUACAUUAACCGCAUGGAGGACAUGGGCAAAACAUGAUACAUUAAAUUUGCUAUUACAAGCAUUGUUAUUAUUAUUAAGAGAUCAACAUUCACAGCGUGAAUUUAACGCAUCUCAAUUAAACAGAGUUGGAAUCGUUGAUACCAUUUUAACAUUAUGCAAGGAGCAUUUUAUGUAUGAAGAAUUGGGUGCUGUACUUGAUUCUUCAACAGGAAUAGCAGUGGUUGAAUUGAUUCGAGCACUUAUGGGAGCACCUCCAGAAUUUGCUCAUUUAGUAGCUAUUACCGACUAUCUAGUUCUGGUUCAUCAAGCGUCUGAAACUUAUAUCACACACUCGAGACAUAAUAUAUAUUUUUUGUUACCCCCUAUUGGAGAAAAAAAAGUUGUAAAACUUACUCCUACUAUAACUUCCAGUUCUUCAGAUGAAUCCAUAGAAACUCUUGAAAACAAUAAAUUGAGUAAAGGUUUAACAAAUACACAGAUUCAGAAAAAUAGAAUGCCUAAGAGAAAAGAACGCCGAAAUGGACCGCCACAAGAUACCAGUGCUGGAGAGGAUUCAGGAAUUGCAGCUAGCGAUGGAUCUAAUCCUCUUGGUAACGAAAAACAAUCUAUGUGGAUGGAUGAAAGAAAAGCUUGUCAAGGUUUAGUUUGUGAAGGACUAUUAUUAUUACUCCGAGAUGCAGUUAGAGUUUUACCUGAUAGCCAAGUUGGAUCAGUGUUAAAGCACGUUUUAAGAGCUGAACUUUUACUUGUACUGGCUAAUAAUCCUGAUACUAGAGUUCGUACAGCAUUAAUUAAGCUUGUACAAACGUACUUACAACGUGCUACUGAUGAGGAAGUCAAUAAAUUUAUAAAGCAAAAAUAUUUUGUACAUUUAGCAAAUCAAAUAGCAUUAUAUCCUGGAAGUGAGAUGCUGAUAGUUGCUUUAGAAAACUUGGCUUUACGGGGUCCUACUCUAGCCGCGAUGCCUCCAUUAAUGGCUAUAAUAGCGAAAACAGCAAUUACCGAACCAAAUAUAGUUAGACCAAUAGUAUCAUUUAUGACUGACAUAAUUGCAAAGAAUCCAACAGCUCUAAGAAUGCUUUUGGAACAAGGCUUGAUUGAAUCAUUAGUGCAAGCAUUAGUAGGAGCUGCUCAUAAAGGUGGUUCUACAUCCCUUUAUCGAGAUAUUCAUGUGCUUCUCGUGGCUAUUGCGACAAGACUUCUAGAAUCUCCAGGAACUCAUCAAAUGCAAGCUAUUUUAGAUUUGCAUUUGAUAUUGAAUCAUAUGGAAUUGAAAGAAAAAUCACAGUGCAUUAAAAACAGAGCCUGUGUAUCAGUCGUAAGAGAUGCACAGGUAGCACUCUUUGAUGGAGAACUCGAUGUGCUUACAGCGAAAGUUUCGAAUCAAUCAGGUUUUCGACUACGUAGUACAGCGUCGUAUCUAGCCUCAGCUUCUCACAUAACUUCAAUUUUUACAACGUCCAGUGAUCAAAGUGACCAAGGCUCUCGAUCAUCUAGCUAUACAAAUUUACAUUCAUCUUCCAACGCAAUUUUACGUGAACCAGGCAAAGGAGAAUUGCUGGAACGAUUUCGCCUUGUUCUCACACGAGCUGUUGAAUUUAUAACAGCAGCUGAUGAAUCACCUUCUGGCAACGAGUUACAAUUAACUAAAAGAUUACUUUCAAUUCUUUUACACGGUUUUUGUAGUCCAUUGCAAAAGAGAAACUGGAGCAGUGCAUGGUCAACUAGACACGUUUUAAGGAGAUAUACGGCCAAAAUAAUGAUGUGGUUACUUGGGCCAGAUCAAAGCAAUAAUACGAGGAUUUUUGCUAUCAGAUCACUAAUGGAAGAACCGAAAGCUCGCGAAAUUCUAUCUUCUCUUUUGGAAGUUCAUCCACAAGUAGAACAGAAAUUUACUGUGUUCUUUUGGGAUCUUUUACAAAAACGAGAUGAUAUGCCUAGCGCUGAUGCAAGAAUAUGUAUAGAAUUAAAAGAAGCUUUGAAUAUAUGGGAUUUGGCAAAAGGAAUAGAACAAGCUAGUCCUGGAAUAUGGAACGAAGAAUUGGCAUUGCUAAGACGAGAAUUAAUGAGAGAUCGAGAUAUAUGGAUUGAUAAUAAUCUUCCCUCAAUUCAAAGAUUUGCCAAUAGAUUUGAUAUACUUACUAAACAAUUAACAGAAAGUGCAAUGACUAUAACACGUACGGUUGUGGAAGAACAAAAUCGAGAACGAAAAGUAUUAAUGGAAAGACUGAAACAUUCAAGAGCGAUAGAAGCUCAAGCAAUUGCUAAAUGGAGAGAUUUAGCGAAACGUUUAACGCAUGAAAGGGCCCCAUGGCAUUUUCCAAACAGUUGUCCAAGAAGUUGGGAACUAGAUCCUACGGAAGGUCCUGCUAGAGUUAGAAUACGAUUGCAACCGUGUCAUUUAAAUAUUGAUCGAAGGUUUUUCAUGGCCGAAUAUCAAAACAAACUAGAUGCAGUGAAAGUUGAAGCUCCUUUAUCUUAUUUAUUUACGAAUAAUCGACAAGAUGCAAAUGCUACAGCAUUAAUCGAGCGGUUGCACACUACUGAAAGAAUACGUAAAAUGUCUCAAGCCAAAGUAGUUACACCUAGAGCUGAAUUAGCUGGUGAAGUUCUCAUUGGUGAAACAUGCCUUUACUUCGUGCCUGAUAGUCCUGAUGUUCUACUGCACACAGAUAUAGCUUUAGGUGGUUUGGAUUUAGCUAUGGUGGGUGGAACAGCCUGGCGCCUUGAAGAUAUUCGAGAAUUGCAUAGAAGAAGAUAUCAAUUACAGGAAAGAGCUAUAGAAAUAUUUCUCAUUACGGGAAGAACAUAUUUAUUAGCAUUCAAUUCUUCAAAAGAAAGAGAUGAAUUUGUAACGGAAUUGUCUGCUUGCAAUUUACCGAGACGAAUACCUGGUGAUGAUUUAAGCGAAGCUAUUUCGUUAUGGCGAAGUGGAGCAUUAACAAAUUGGGAAUAUAUUACGUGUCUAAAUAAAUUAGCCGGUCGUUCAUAUAAUGAUUUAAUGCAGUAUCCUGUAUUUCCAUUUGUAUUAUCCGAUUACACAAGUGAAAAGAUUGAUUUAACUAAUCCAAAAAUUUAUCGUAUCUCAAACAAGCUUUAUCGGAAGGUUUGAAUUUAGUAUCACUAAAUCAAGAACCAUUCCAUUAUGGAUCACAUUAUAGUAAUUCUGGAACAGUGCUUCACUUUUUAGUUCGAUUACCGCCAUUUACUAGCAUGUUCUUAUCUUAUCAAGAUAAUAAUUUUGAUAUUCCUGAUCGAACGUUUCAUGCGUUGGCAACUACAUGGAGAUUAACUAGUUGCGAUUCAACAACAGAUGUGAAAGAAUUAAUUCCUGAGUUUUUCUAUUUACCUGAAUUUUUAUUGAAUUCCGAAGGAUUUAAUUUUGGAAUUCGACAAAAUGGUAAUCGGGUUGGAGAUGUUGAAUUACCGAAAUGGUGUGAUGGUGAUGCACGACUUUUUAUUCUUGCUCACAGAGCAGCAUUAGAAGCAGAUCUUGUUAGGGAAGUUCUACCUUAUUGGAUUGAUUUGGUAUUUGGAUUUAGACAAACUGGUAGACCAGCAAUAGAAGCUAUAAAUGUUUUCCAUCCUGCAACCUACUAUGGAUUCAAUGUUGAACAAAUAAUUGAUCCUCUAGAACGUCAAGCGUGGGAAACAAUGGUACGAACGUAUGGCCAGACACCAGCACAAUUAUUCAAGGCUGCACAUCCUUUGCCGAUUCAAAAUCUUGGAAAUAUGGGAGUUCAUAGCUCAUUACCGCAAGUCAUUGAAAGUGUAGAUGGUAUAAAAUGGGGAAACUAUGUUGGUGCUCCUGGAAAUGAACCAGUUUUAUGUUGGAAACAUAAACAUAGAGCACCGUUAGCAUCUUUAGUUCCUUUAAUGACUGGUGAUGUUUUCGGAUUGCCUAAUUAUACUACUUUGUUACUUGGUUACAUGAAAGAAAAGAGUGCAAGUAUGCUAAGUGGAGCAUCUGUAUUGGGAGCUGCUUUAGUUUCAUGGAGUGGCUCAGAUGGAAUUGUAAGACUGAAAUUUAAAAAAGAGCAACCACUAAGGCCAUUAAUCAAAUCUUCGGGUCUCGAUCCAAUCACAAUCUUAGGUUCAACUCCGGAUUGUGGACAACUGUGGAUAGGUCAUUUAUCUGGUAGACUAACAGUAUAUACAUAUACAGUUGUAACAAGUAAAAUUGACUUUACCUCAACAUCGGCAUCUGUUCUAUUAGCUCAUAGAAACAGAAUAACAACAAUAGCUCUAUCACGAGCAUUUAGUAUUGUUGUUACAGGUGAUUCAACUGGUGUCAUCGUUAUUUGGGACUUAAAUAGCUUAACAUACAUAAGAUCGAUAUCCUGUGAUAAAAAUUAUUCUAUUCAUUUGCUAUCAAUUAGUGAAACUCUCGGAGAUAUAGCAGUUGUUUAUAAGAUUCCUAGUGAAAAUACAUCUUCCAGCCAAUCCGAAUUGAAAGUAUUUACUAUAAAUGCAAGAGCAGUUGGAUCUAUUUUAUCAAGAGGAAGAAUAACAGCUCUUUGCUAUAGCAAUGCACCAGAAGGAGUUUCUGUGAAUGUUAUUGCAACAGGAUUAAACAAUGGUGUAAUAAGACUAUGGAGUAGUUGGGACUUAAGACUAAUUAGAGAAAUUAUAAAUGAUAUAAAAGGAUGUGGAGCAGUAAUUGCGAUAGCAUGGGCUUUAGAUCAACAUCACUUAUAUGCUGUAACCGAAGAUUAUACUAUUCUCAUAUGGGAAGGAUCAAAACGUUUAAGUAAUGGUACUCCAAAAUUUGUAAACUUAACGUCCCUCUAAUGUAAAUAAACAAAGUCAUGUUUCUAUGGGCACGAACAUGUUAUUUUAAAUAUUAUUAAAUAUAUGCCUCCAUUUUAUUAAUAAGUAUUUACAAAAUAAAAAAUGUUUUUAACAUUUGUAAUUAUAUUAGUGUUACAUUUGUGAUAAUUUUAUAUAAUUAGAAUCAUAUCAAACAUAUACAUUCUUACAGCUUUAAAAUAUUAUCACAUAAACAUUACAUUUGUAACUAUUAGAUAAAAAUCUAUCUGUUGAAGUAUUAUUUUCUUAAAAUUUUUAUUACAAUUUUUUAUGCUUCUAAUAAUAUAUCAACAUCUAUAUUUUUAUAUUCUGUUACAAUAAAAGAAAUACAGAUUUCGUUAUUAACAUAUUUAUAAUUGUAUUAAUAUCAUUGAUACACUUACAACCUCCAGUUCCCAAUUUCAUAAAUGUAAAUUGAUAUAACAUAUUUAUGAUAUCGUAACAUAGACAUAUCUAAUAAACAUCAAUAAGCAAUAGAUUCAAAUAAUAUUCAAGCAGUCUUCAAUAAUCUCAAACAUCGGGUAAUACUUUCCUGUUCUUUUAGCAAUCUGUUCUGCUGUAUCACCACUUGAAUUUAUCAAUCUCGGAUUUGUAUCUGGAUGCAACAAAAGAAGUUGCAAAGUGGGAGAAUUAUGAGAACUUGCAGAUACUAAAUGCAAAGGUGUCUGGUCUCCUUUACUCUUGGCAUUUAUAUCUGCUCCAUUUGCAAUUAAUACCGCUGCACAUUCAACAUUGUUCCAGCAACAUGCAGAAUGCAAUGGUUGCCAUUCGUCCAUGGUUUUAGCAUCUAUCUUUGCACCUGCUUGAAGUAAAUACUCAACAAUUUCCACAUGAUUACCAUAACAUGCUCUAUGCAAUGGAGUGUAACCAUCCUUGUCCAUACAUUCUAACAAACGAGGGUUUUUCGUUAAUGAUCUCAUCACUCUAUUCAAUUCGCCAUUCUCUGCUGCGCUAAGAAUUUCUUUUGCAUCGGGUUCUUUCGCAUUACGUUCAGCUUCUACCCCAUCAUCGUCAUCUUCCCAAGCACUAACUUGCAUAUGUUCACUCCGUGGUUGACUUAGCAUUCGAUCACGAAUUGCUUCCAAAUCCGUUAAUUGAUCACUUUCUUCUUCGGACGAUGACAUGUUUAUCUCAUUCAAGAUUCAAAAAACGAAAUCACGCGUAUUUCUUAUAUCUCAUUCUCGUUCAACAGACAUUACACGGAUCCAUCUACUGGAAUACAAAGAUACUGCUUGCACAUGAAUUGAAUUUGAUCAGUUUCCCGAGAUGCGAAAAUUAUUUUACAUUCUCGAUUGUUUUGAAAAUGUUUCCAGAUGAAUUUGUGACUUCAAUACGAUACGUAAAACAACAUGGAAUGUUUGAAACUUUUGGAGACUCUAGAUAUUUUUGGUUAUGCUGGUGUAUGUGUGGGCGUAGAAAACUCGCAAUUGUUACGAAAUUCUCUCAUAGUACUGCAAGAGGAGAAUCACUUUCAAAAGUGUUACUAUUGGGGCAAAAUCUACGGAGUACAAAAUGAUUAUCAUAUUGCGUUUGGUUUUAAGAAAGACUGCAUGAACGAUCAAGUGUAUUACUACAGGUAAGCUUGUUAAAACGAUUCGAAAACAGAGGGCAUUAAAAACGUACAAUAUUUGAAUUAGUACGGACGGAUUAAAUUGGUUAUUACUGCCAAGAGCGAAUAAAUACGCACGAUUCUUGACACCCCUUGCAAUUAAUAAGUUCGAAGGUGAUCCCUCGAUAGUCACCAACGUCUAUAACAUUAAUCCCCCAUUCCCGCCAAACGAAGAUUCCAAAAAGUAUUAUGACGUAAGUCAACACAGU